GCAAACACUGGAAGUAACUAUUUGCUUUUUUGGCCCUGUUGCUAUUUUGUCUGGUGUCAAAGUGUAAAGAGUGUUAUUUAUUUAUUUAUUUUAAUUUAAUUUUACAAAGCUUCAAGGCAUACAGAUUUUCAGAACAGCACCACAAGAAUAAGGGACAUGAACCACAAAGUUACAGUCACAUGUGGGUACAAAAUUAUGAUGAAUCCAAAAGACACACACAAAAAGUGAAAAAGAGAAAAAAAAACAUUAAAAUAAAUAAAUGAGGGAAAGGAAAGUAAAUGAAAAUAAAAAAUAUAUAUAGUCCCAGGCAUAAGACAAGAAUAUUAGUCUCAAAGAUUUUAAAGUUUUUAUAAACUUCAAUAAGUUUUUUCACAUUUUUGUUACUGAUGAACUUCAGAGUAUUGAUGUGAUUUUCCACCAAGUAUCUUUUAACGGCUAAUAAAUUAGGUUUUUUAUUGCUCCAUUUACAUGUAUGAAGAAAGAAUUUGUAAAGGGAGUCUAUUGCAGGGGACUUUGUGUCUUUUUUGUGUGUUAGUUUUUGUUUUCAGAUGUAUUUCAGUGCUUCACUUUAUUUUUCUUCUUCUUUUCUAGUGGUUUCUUUUUAUUUUAUUUUGAAACGUGAUCUACACGGCAAACUUAAAUAUGAGACCUCGAAAACAAAAAGGGCAAAAACCUUUUUAAAAAAUCCAUAAGGUUAACACGACGGAAGUUACUUUCGCUGCUGAGGAGGAAGUAGAAUCUUUGCAGACCGGAAGUUGCUGCCAGCCAAUCAGAUUCUGCAAAGCGUCUUAAGCUGACGUCAGCCCGGUACCCAUGAACAGCCGGUAGCAUAGAGAAAAACUGCUCGUUGUUUGUAUUUUUUCCCCCAAAAAUCUCCCGUUAAACGUGCAUACAUCAUGCCUUUCGAUGUUAGGAGAUUUGACAUCUACAGGAAAGUGCCCAAAGAUCUCACCCAGCCAACAUACACAGGAGCUUUCAUUUCCAUUCUAUGCUGCUUCUUCAUUCUCUUUCUAUUCCUGUCUGAGCUGACGGGAUUCAUAGCCACUGAGAUUGUAAAUGAACUGUAUGUGGAUGACCCUGAUAAAGACAGUGGGGGGAAGAUAGAUGUGAGUUUAAACGUCAGUUUGCCAAACUUACACUGUGAUUUGGUGGGUCUGGACAUUCAGGAUGAAAUGGGCCGCCAUGAGGUCGGUCACAUCGACAACUCCAUGAAGAUUCCCAUCAAUCAAGGCGAGGGCUGUCGCUUUGAAGGAAAGUUUACUAUCAAUAAGGUACCAGGAAACUUCCAUGUGUCGACGCACAGCGCCACAGCUCAGCCUCAAAACCCCGACAUGACCCACAGUAUCCACAAGCUGGCCUUUGGAGAUAAAUUACAGGUACACAACGUCAAAGGAGCCUUUAAUGCUUUAGGAGGGGCAGACAAGCUGUCAUCUAACCCUCUGGCUUCACACGACUAUAUACUGAAGAUUGUACCAACAGUAUAUGAAGACUUGUCGGGCAGACAGAGGUUCUCCUACCAGUACACUGUAGCAAACAAGGAAUAUGUUGCUUACAGCCACACAGGGAGAAUAAUCCCCGCAAUCUGGUUCAGAUACGACCUCAGUCCCAUCACCGUCAAGUACACAGAGAGGAGGCAGCCCUUCUACCGCUUCAUCACAACAAUUUGUGCCAUCGUAGGAGGGACUUUCACCGUGGCGGGAAUCAUCGACUCCUGCAUAUUCACCGCCUCCGAGGCCUGGAAGAAGAUCCAGAUAGGCAAGAUGUCCUGAUAACACCACGCCUCAACCCGUAUUUAUGUAUGCUAACCUGUUGGCUAUAUCAACCCUCCUCCUCCAAAAAAAAAAAAAAACUAAACAAACAAAAAAAAAAAAUAAACCAACGACUUCCUCGUGGAGGUUUUUAUUUACCACCAUGAGACUACGACAUGCGAUACAGCCACCAGGCAGCGUAUCUUUUACUGCAGAUCCUCUCGGGGCUGCAUCCGCUCUUCUGACGCGCGGACUAUCACAUGUCGGCCUCUUCCGUCAUGGGGGGUCAGGAGGGAAGAUCUCUUGUUACUUUUAAAGAAGUGUGUGCCGGAUUCGAAUGAAGUAUUCAAGUCGCAUUUGGCGGCAUCCUCAAUCACCUGUGUGACGAGUUUUCAGUGUUUUUUUUUUUUUGUUUGUUUUAUAGUUAAAAACCAAAACUGAAAGUGAUUUCUUUUUAAAAAAAAAAGUCAGAAUUUCUUUUUUAUCUUCAGUGUUCACCCCGUUUGCCUUGAUCUACUUUACUUACGUAAUAAGGGCUUUUUGAAAAGUCUGGUUUAGGUGUCUCCCUGUGCUCCAUUUUUCUAAGGUUUCUAUCUCUUUCUACUGUUUCUAUUUCUUUGUUGAAGUUUGGUAACAACAAACCUGUUCUGCCUGAAAAGACGCCCAUUUCCGCCUUGGAUUUAUGUGUUGUGCUGUUUCCUACCCCAGUAAAAGCACAUUUCAGAUUG